AUGGCGGAUGGCUUUGUUUCUGGAACGACGAAGCGCAUGUCUAGAAAAGAAGAAAUCAGGCAGAAGGACGAAGCACUUUUGGCGACGCUGGGGUACAAGCAGGAGUUCAAAAGGGCUUUCAAACCGCUAGAGGUUUUCGGAAUUGCAUUCUCGAUUAUUGGGCUCCUGCCGUCUAUAGCGUCAGUGUUAUUCUAUGCGAUACCUAACGGAGGGGGACCAGCAAUGGUCUGGGGGUGGCUGGUGGCUAGCAUAUUCAUUCUAUUCGUGGGCAUAUCUAUGGCGGAGCUAGCGUCAGCAGCUCCAACCUCUGGUGGGCUAUACUUUUGGACUUACUCUCUGUCAUCUCCACGGUGGAGGAAUAUUUUGUGUUGGUCGGUUGGAUAUGCCAAUACGAUAGGAUCUAUCGCAUCUGUUGCAUCAAUUGAUUGGGGUUGUGCAGUGCAGGUUAUGGCGGCGGCAACAAUUGGGUCAGGGGGGACGUUCACUCCAACAUCGGCACAACUCUUUGGUGUCUAUGCUGCCAUUGUGCUUUCUCAUGCUGUCAUAUGCUGCCUCGGAACAGCCGUGUUGGCUCGACUUCAGACGGUUUAUGUUGUUCUUAAUGUUUUGUUAUGUCUCGCCAUCAUCGUUGCACUUCCUGCUUCUACCCCUCAUGAAUUCAAAAACUCGGCGAAGUUCGCUCUGGGUGAUUUCUUUAACAGUAACGGAUGGCCAGAUGGCUACGCUUUUAUCCUAAGCUUCCUAGCUCCUUUGUGGACUAUCUGUUCCUUUGACUCCAGUGUGCAUAUCAGCGAAGAAGCAUCUAACGCCGCUACUGCUGUUCCGUGGGCGAUAGUUAAUGCAAUUGGAAUUGCGGGUGUCUUGGGAUGGGCCAUUAAUAUGUCGUUGGCGUUCUGCAUGGGGUCUGAUUUGGAGUCUCUCAUCGAUAGCGACCAACCUAUGGCACAAAUAUUCUUCAAUAGCUUUGGAGAGAAACCCACUCUUGCAAUUUGGUCUCUCGUUGUCAUCGUGCAGUAUAUGAUGGGCUCCAGCAUGCUAUUGGCUGCGAGCCGUCAGACAUUUGCUUUCAGCCGCGAUUCAGCACUUCCGUUUUCUGGAUGGUUAUAUAGAAUGAAUAGCUUCACCAAGACUCCUGUCAACACUGUGUGGUACGAUGCCAUAUUGUCUCUUGCCCUAGGUCUCCUCGUAUUUGCAGGUGACCAAGCUAUCAAUGCUGUAUUCGCUUUAUCCGUGGUUGGCCUUUAUUAUGCCUAUGCAGUUCCUAUCGCUGCUCGGUUCAUAUUUGAAAAUAACUUCAAACCCGGUCCCUUCUAUUGCGGCGUUCUGAGUCUCCCCAUAGCCAUUAUCGCCGUGGUGUUCAUGACGUUCAUGAGCGUUGUGUUCCUAUUUCCCACUACACCUACGACGAGUGUAGAGGACAUGAAUUACACUGUGGCGGUCUUUGGAGGUGUGAUGGUGCUUUCGUUGGUGUAUUACUAUUUCCCUGUGGUGGGCGGUGUUCACUGGUUUACGGGGCCUGUGGCAAACAUCGAAGUGCCGUCAUCAGACUCUGCGAGCGGGUCCUUCAGCGGGGAUAACUUCGAGAAGAAGGGUAAUGCCCGUGUCGAUACCGUUAAUGCAUGA